AUGGCUGUCUCAAACUUCAAAGUCAUCAUCGUUGGGGGUGGUCCAGUUGGUUUGGUGGCAGCUCAUGUUCUCUACAAGGCUGGUAUCGACUUUGUUGUCUUGGAGCGUCGCGAGAAUGUCAUCCUCGAUCUUGGGGCAGCCCUGGUUCUUGCACCGCAUAACAUGAGGGUCAUGCACCAACUUGGGCUUUAUGAUAAACUCAUGGAAAUUGGCCAAGAAUUGCUCAAUACCAAGGGCUUUCUCUUGAAUGGGCAUCAGUUCAAAACGGGUACCGAGCUACAGCUUCUAAAACAAAAUCAUGGUGUUGGGCUUGUCGCAUUUCACCGUGCCCAACUCGUCCAAGUUCUAUACGACAAUCUGCCAGAGGACGCCAAGUCAAAGUAUUUCCUCAACAAGAAAGUCACUGCCAUCGACGCAAGCGGUGACUCAAGCGGUGAGGGUGUGCGCGUACUUUGCUACGAUCGCAGCGUCUACGAGGGCUCCAUCGUCCUGGGCGCCGACGGCGUGCACAGCGUCACUCGCAAUUGGAUGAGAGAUAUUGCUCUUUCUGAAAAGCCCCAUCGUGACUGGGACCCAGAGGAGCCGUUCACAUCCGUGUACAAGUGUCUGUGGGCCAGCUUCCCGCGUCCUUCCGAGCCGGGAGCCAACUUUGAGACAACAAGCAAGGACCAAUCGGCAAUGUACCUCACGGGCCGUGACCGCGGCUGGAUUUUACUGUACGACAAGUCUGAGCCGACAACUGCCCUACGAUCAUAUUCGGAGAAGGAAGUCGAGGAGGUAGCAGCCAAGCUAGCCGAGUUUCCAGUCAAUGAGACCCUAAAAGUCAAAGACGUCGUCAAAGAGCGAUUCACAUGGGGCAUGUCAGAUCUUGGUGAAGGUAUCUUGAAACACUGGAGCCACGGACGCAUCGUCCUCGCGGGAGAUGCCUGUCACAAGUUUACGCCUAACGCUGGCUUGGGCCUCAACAACGGGAUCCAGGAUAUCGUUGUGUUGUGCAAUGGGCUGCACCAAGCCAUUGCAGACGGGAAGACCGACACCGCCAAUCUUGUAAAGGUGUUUGGAAAGUAUCAGAGUGAUAGGGCGGAGGCUGUGGAGAAGGAUUACAAACAGUCGGCGUUGGUUACAAGGUUGCAGACGUGGGCGAGUGGGCUGUACUAUUUCCUCAGUCGGUUUGUUCUGUCAAACAACUUUGUUGCUAGAUUUGUUGCGCGCUUUGUCACGUCACCUCAUAUCAGGAAAGCAAGGGUGUUGGAUUUUGUUAGGGCAACGGAAUUGCCGCUCGGCAACGUCGGGUGGCAAUAUGCCAUCCCGCAAUGA